AUGGCUUUCCAAGUUUUGGAGCUCAAAGAUUACAGGAUGCAACAAAACCAAAAUCUCUACUGUAUUCAAGCCGCGCCGGCGCCGGGGCCGCGCAUCUGUGAGGGGGAUUGCGCCGUCCUGAAGCGGGAGGAUGUCUUCAAAGCGGUACCCGUGCUGCGGCGGAGAAAAAUUAUUUUUGAGAAGCAGUGGUUCUAUCUGGAUAAUGCUAUUGGACAUAUUUAUGGAACUACAUUUGAGGUAACCAGCGGUGGAAACCUCCAGCCCAAGCAAGAAGUGGAAGAGACUACCACAGAAACAAAAGAAGCAGGUACAGAUAAUCGUAACAUAGUUGACGAUGGAAAGUCUCAAAAACUGACUCAUGAUGACAUAAAGGCUUUGAAGGACAAGGGUAUUAAAGGACAGGAAAUAGUUCAACAGUUAAUAGAGAACAGUACAACAUUCAGAGACAAAACAGAGUUUGCUCAAGAUAAAUACAUAAAGAAGAAGAAAAAAAAAUAUGAGGCAGUUAUUACGAUUGUAAAACCAUCCACUCGCAUUCUUUCAACAAUGUAUUAUGCAAGGGAACCUGGAAAAAUAAACCACUUGAGAUAUGACACCCUAGCUCAGAUGUUGACUCUGGGAAAUGUCCGUGCUGGCAACAAGAUGAUUGUCAUGGAAACAUGUGCAGGCCUUGUGCUGGGUGCCGUGAUGGAGCGCAUGGGAGGCUAUGGAUCCAUUAUUCAGAUGUAUCCAGGAGGAGGACCUGUUAGAGCUGCUACCAGUUGUUUUGGAUUUCCAAAGCCUUUUUUCGAUAAUCUUCAUGAAUUUCCCCUCAGCAAAGUAGAUAGUGUCCUCUCUGGAACAUUUUCUACAGAGACUCUUCCCUCAGAACCUGAAGAUGGUGUGUUAGUGGGAGAAGAAAGCAAUGGAUUGGCUGAUGAGAAGCAGACUUCCCUACAGGAAACAGAAGAGGAAUCUACUACUGAAGCAGCUAUGGAGAUCAACCAAACAGAAGAACAUGAGACAAUGGAUAUAAAUGCUGAAGAUGUAGAAUUUAAAGACAACAAAGAAAAAGAAAAUAAAGAAAAUGUUCGGGAAAAGCAAAGAAAACAGUGGGAGAGAAGGAAAAAGCUGAUAGAAACUGCUGCUUUGUUGAGAGAGAAGAAUGCUGAUGGCUUAAUUGUAGCCAGCAAGUUUCAUCCCACUCCUUUAUUACUUUCUUUAUUGGAAUUUGUUGCUCCUUCAAGGCCUUUUGUUGUCUACUGCCAGUAUAAAGAGGUACAUCAAGUAUGUUACUUUAGCUGUUACAGUUCAGGUUUGAGUUUAUUCUACUGUAUAACCCACUCAUACCAGGUCUUACCAGAUCGAAGCCACCCAAAACUGACAAUGAGCGGAGGUGGAGGAUACCUGCUCUCUGGUAUAACUGUUGUCUUGGAUAAGAGCAAAUCUGACUCCAGUGAUUCAGAAGCCCUGAAGAUGGAAGAGCCAUCAUCUAAAAGAUGCAAAGUUCAAGACCUUCACUGUUAA